ACAUAAAACCUAUAUAUUCUUUGCUUCCAGGCUCCAGGCUCCACAUCUACUAAACCUUAAACACAAUCCCCAUUCAGGUUCUCGUCCUAGAAGCUCAGGAAAAAGAAGUAGAAAUGUCUCAAGCUGUCUCAAACUUGUGUCUCUCUCUGCCUCUCCCAUGUGGGAGAACCAGCAACUCUUCAAAGCCUCUAUGUUCAACGCUUCCCCACUCUUUCAAACCAAUUGGCAGAGGUCUAAGCCAGAACAGCAUCAGGGCCGCCAUGGCAGCUGGGGAAAACAGAGACAAUCUUGACUAUUUGCAGAGGCCCAGCAAUCACCAACAAUCCAUCCCCAAGAAGCGAGUCAACCCAGUCGCGCCCAUAGGGUUGUGGGACCGAUUUCCAACGGCAAGGACGGUGCAGCAGAUGAUGGACACGAUGGAUAGGAUGAUGGAGGACCCGUUCGCCUACUCCGGCGGGUGGCCGUGGCCGUUGCCGAGCGAGGGGGCAGGGUACGGCAAGGGAAGGACGCCGUGGGAGAUCAAAGAGGGAGAGACAGAGUACAAGAUGAGGUUUGACAUGCCUGGAAUGACCAAGGAGGAUGUGAAGGUCUGGGUGGAGGAUAAGAUGCUGGUUGUGAAGGCUGAGAAGGUGCUGGAGAAGAAGGAAGGCCAGGGCAAUGGCGAGGAAGAGGAGUGGUCUGCCAAGAGCUAUGGCAGAUACAGCUGUAGGAUUGCUUUGCCGGAGAAUAUUCAGUUUGAGAAGAUUAAGGCGGAGGUGAAAGAUGGGGUUUUGUAUGUAACCAUUGCUAAGCCUAGCAGCCCUGGAAAAACUAUGGAUAUCAAUGUUGAAUGAAAAUUUCUAUGAUUUUAUAUAUAUCGUUUAGGUUUGUUUUUA